AUGGCGAACAUCAACAUCAAGAUAAUAUCCGACACCGUCUGCCCAUGGUGCUACGUGGGCAAGAAGCGGCUCGACAGGGCCAUCGACUUGUAUCGCAAGGUGUACCCGGGCGGCAAGGACGACACCUUCACCAUCAGCUGGCACCCCUUCUACCUGGACCCGACGUCGCCGACGGUCGGGGUCCCGGUGCUGGAGCGGAUGGCGCAGCGGUUCGGGGCGGACCGGGUGGCGGCGAUGCAGCAGCGGCUGACGCUGAUCGGGCGCGAGGAGGGCAUCACCUUCAGCUUCGCCGGCAAGCUCGGCAACACGCGCGACUCCCACCGCGUCAUCCAGCUCGGCAAGACCAAGGGCCCCGACGCCGAGAGCCGCGUCGUCCUCGAGCUCUUCCGCUCCUACUUCGAGGGCGACGGCGACAUCACCUCCCACGACACCCUGAUCGCCGCCGCCGAGAAGGCCGGCAUCGACCGCGCCGAGGUCAAGGACUGGCUCGACUCUGGCAAGGGCGGCCCCGAGGUCGACCGCGAGGUCCAGGAGGCCUACGCCAACGACAUCCACGGCGUGCCCCACUACACCAUCCAGGGCAAGUACGAGGUCGAUGGCGCCCAGGAUCCCCAGGCGUUCCUCGAGGCCUUCGCGAAGGCCAGGCAAGGGAAUUGA